AUGCAAGUUAACAGCGUACCUGUUACUGCUACGCGUAUCGCUGCUGCAACAAAAGGAGAUACAACUUUGGCACGCGUAAUGGAAUUUACCCGAAGUGGAUGGCCAAAUGUGGAAAUGGGAGAUGAACUUAAACCAUAUCACAGAAUUUGUGAUGAACUGACCAUUGAGGAAGGAUGCUUACUCAGAGGAGUACGAGUAAUCAUUUCGAACCAAUAUCAAAGUGAAAUAUUAGAUGAACUGCAUAGCAACCAUCCAGGAAUUGUUAGAAUGAAAUCCCUGGCUCGGUUACAUGCAUGGUGGCCAAACAUGGAUGUGGAUAUUGAACGGAAAAAGUCGGGCUAUGAGGCAUGUCAGAAAGUACUACCAAAUGCACCGAAAUCUCCUGCAAACCCUUGGAGAUGGCCGUCGGCACCAUGGAACCGUAUUCAUAUCGAUUUUGCUGGACCAUUCAUGAGUGAAAUGUUCAUGGUAGUGGUCGAUGCACAUUCAAAGUGGUUAGAUGUGAUACGCAUGUCUUCCACGACCACAGCCAGUACUAUCAACGCGUUGAGGUUUCUAUUCGCGUCGUAUGGUUUACCCAUAGAACUAGUUUCAGAUAAUGGACCGCAAUUUACUGCAGCAGAGUUUGCCACAUUCUUGAAAGAAAAUGGAGUACGUCAUAUACUUUCUGCACCUUAUCACCCCAGCUCAAACGGCGAGGCAGAGAGAGCUGUACGUACAUUCAAGCAAGCUAUGAAAUCCCUGGUUCAGUCAGAUAGUAGUCUAAACCAGAAACUUGCUUCGUUUUUGUUGUCGUACCGUACAACACCACAUAGUCUCACCAAGACUCCACCCAGUGAACUAUUCUUGGGAAGGAAGUUGAGGACCAGGUUGGAUAUUAUGCGUCCGGAUCUUUCUGGGAAAACUCAACAAAAGACUACACCAACAGAGUCAAAAACACGAUUGUUCGAAAUUGGUGACAUUGUCAUUACUCGCGACUACCAUGGAAACCCACGGAAACCUUCAUGGAUCAAAGGUAUUGUUAUCCGCAAGCUAGGACCAAUGACAUAUACCAUUCAGGUGGACAACCUUAUAUGGAAAAGACAUGUGGAUCAAAUACGUACAUGUGAUCCAGCUUGUAACUUUGAACCAAGAGAGCAAGCAGUUCCAGACACUCAAAAUUCUCUGGACAGUCUUCCAGGUAUCUUACCUAAUCCAACCAUUGGUACUCAGAGGAUUCCUUCAGCAGAUUGUCCAAUUCGGAUUCAAACCAGUGAAGUAACUACUACUACACCAGAGACUGAUCAGACUGAUCCAUCGACCAAUGUGACACACGAACAUCGCUAUCCGCGUCGUGAUAUAAUCAAACCAUCGCGUCUGAUUGAAAACUGUUAA